ACCAAAACCGAUAAACCCUCGUUGAGAGCUUCUCUAAUGGCUACCCCAUGCUCAUGCUGCAUAUCCAUCACAUCUCCCCAAUAAUGACGACAAUCAGACCAACACAACCAACAAAAACCAUUUGAUUCACAAGGUAAAUCCUCAUCUCUGUAACCUCUGCAUCUACUUAUACACAGACAUCUAUUUUCCCUUUCUGUUGAACCUCACAUUCAUCAAUAUCUUGUCAAAAUUACUCAAAACCAUUCAUGUAUCAUAUCAAGAAUCUUAAAACUUCAAAUUUUAUUAGAUGGGUUGUUGUUGAUUUGAGUAAAAAACCAAUUUUCUCAUCUGGGUCACAACCUGGGGUCCAAAACCCUAGGGUUUAUAGCACAAAAGCUGCUUGUAAAUCCAACAAUGGCCCAAAAUCGGAUGAUGAAAAUGUCGGUUUAUCGUAUCGUGUAGACUGUCGAGAAGCCGAAGAUGCUUUGUUAGAUUACUUGCAUUCCACUAGAAGUUUACAGUUCAUAGAUGCCGAAAACAUUAGUCGAAAUUCACCUAGGUUUCUUGAAAAGCUGCUAGAAAGGGUCGGAAAAGGGGAAAAUAUCGGGCAAUCUGUUAGUCGGUUCUUGCGUUACCAUCCGAUUAACGAAUUCGAGCCCUUUUUCGAGAGCAUGGGUUUGGAACCAUGUGAGUUUUCGACGCUUUUGCCGCGUAAGUUGAUGUUUUUAAGCGAUGACAGUGUGUUGUUGGAGAGGUAUCGUAUGUUGUGUCAAUACGGUUUUGCCCCUAACAAGAUAGGAAAGAUUUAUAAGGAAGUUGGAGAAGCGUUUCGAUCGAAUGAUGGAUUUUUGCUGUCACGGCUUCAUGAUCUUCAAGUUUUAGGUCUAGAUCAAUCUACGGUUGUUAAACUUGUGGGUUUGUGUCCUUCGGUUCUAAUCGAAGGUGAAAAUAGUGACGUUGUUAAGGCUGUAUUGGAGUUAAAGACUAUCAGGAUCGCCAACGAUUGGUUUGUUGAGCAUUUAUCAGACGAAGAAUCGUACAAUUGGAAGCAUAUGCUUGAAGUUUUGUGGUUCUUAAAAGAAUUCGGCUUUAAAAACGAGCGUUUAGGAAGAUUAACGCAUAAACAUCCCACCAUUUUAUUGCAAGAUUCGGGAAUUACAACAAUUUCGGUCAUAAUCUUCCUACUUAAAUUUGGAGCUUCGAAGAACAAUAUUUUGUCCUUAUUUUCUCAGUUUCCGGAUACGAAGAUCCGGGAUUUUGUUUCGAACUUAAGGCGUUCGUACAAAUUUCUAACGGGAAUUGAAAUGUAUGUUGACGACAUUGGAAAGCUUUUUUGUUCGUACCCACAUAUACUUGGCUCGUGCACGUUAAAGGGUGUGAAAACGUCUUUAAAUUGCUUAAAUGUCGGAAAACAACGACUUUGUGAAAUAAUCAUGAAUAACCCAGAAGUGUUACAGAAUUUAGCUAUCGGAUCAAAGAUUACACCACUUCCGUCAUCAAGACGAUGUACAAUAGAGAGAACAAAGUUCCUAUUAGAUAUGGGAUUCGUUGAAAAUUCAACCGAGAUGGAACGAGCCCUUAAACGGUGUCGUGGGAAAGCGAAAGAACUUCACGAACGAUUCAAUUGUUUGGUCAACAUUGGGUUUGACCCAAAAGAGGUGAUGGAAAUGGUUAAAUCAUCACCUCAAAUUGUUAACCAGUCGAAAGUGGUACUUGAAAUAAAGGUUGACUUUUUGGUCAACGUGUUAGGGUAUCCGUUGUCUGCUAUAACCGGAUACCCGUCUUCGUUAUCUUACGCUAUGGAAAAGGUGAAACUUCGGUGUCUGUUUCAUAAGUGGCUAAAAGAACAAGGAGCGACUAAUGAUAUAGCUCUUAGCACCAUUCUUGCGUGUUCGGAAAAACAAUUUAUUAAAGAGAAAGUUAAGCGUCAUCCUAAAGGCGUUGAGGUUUACGAGAUGUUGAAAAGACAAAUUUACUGAUUGUAUAAUGUGACAGUGGUUUUAUUCUAUGAUGAAAAUUGGGUAUGCAUUUUUUUACAGCUUCCUUUUAUCAGGAAGAUGUUCAUGGUGUAAACAGUUUAUCCUUACUUCACUAAUUACGGAAACAAACCGCAAGUAAGUACUUCCGUUCAAGUUAUUACUCUGUUUUAGUAUUUGAUUUGUUAUGAA